AGCCGCUCUAGCACAUAGAAUUGAAAUCAGCUCUAUGCUCUAGCGCAUGGGGGAAAAAUAAGGAGCUGUUAUCGCAGGCAAUAUUUCUUCCAACUUUCUAACAUACUCCACGUGCAACUACUGAAACGGGUAAUAACACUGCGGAAAAUCUCAGCUAUGUUACUGACGCUUAUUUCUGUGCUUUUGUUAACUGGGUUUUUGUACUUUCUGUACUUUUUCUUCACGAAAGUUGAUGGCGAUUUAACAUUAUUUUAUUAUGAUCAUCGGAAUGAUAUUAAAAGGCACUUAAGAGGAAAAGUCAUAUGGAUCACAGGUGCUUCGAGUGGUCUUGGAGAGUACCUCGCUUAUGAACUGGCUCAUCAUGGCAGUAAGCUCAUUCUUUCGGGUACGAGUGAAGAAAGACUGAAUAAAGUAAGGACAAAAUGUAUAGAGAUCGGUCUUUCGGAGGAUGAUGUCUUCGUCCUUCCAUUCAACAUGACAGACUUCGAUGCGCACGAGGAAUGCUUUAGAAAAGUGCUUCAGAAAUUUCAUAAGUUAGACGUCCUUGUUAACAAUGCCGGAAGAUCGCAACGGGCCUCUUUCGCUGAAAUCGAUGUUAAAGUGGACAAAGAGUUAUUCGAAAUAAAUGUCUUCGCAACCUUGAAUUUAACUCGUAAAGUGCUACCUCAUUUCCUCGAAAACCAUAGAGGACAUUUUGUGGUAACCAGCAGUUGCGUUGGCAAAAUGGGUGCAGCAUCUUCAGCUUCUUACACAGCUUCAAAGCAUGCUCUUCAUGGUUACUUCGAAACUCUUAGAACGGAAAUGACUGGAAAAAAUAUUGAUGUAACAAUUCUUUGCCCUGGUCCAAUAUUCUCACGCUUUUUAGAAAACGCUUUCACUGGAACUCCAGGAAAGAAAUUCGGACAAUCAACAGACCCAAAAGAUAGAAGGAUGCCUACUGAUCGUUGUGGUCGACUUAUGGCCGUAGCCAUAGCACAUAGGUUGGAUGAAGUCUGGAUAUGCCAACAACCAAAUCUUACAUUAUUUUAUCUAGCACAGUAUACCCCAACAUUUUUUAGAAAGAUAGUAAUUGGAAAGUUCUAUACUCCCGAACGAGCAGAAAAAAUAAGAGAAGGAAGAUGGUGAAACCAUUUUUACAAUUUUAAAAUUUUAUUUUGUUUUAUGUUACAAUUUGUAAAAAUCAUUUAACAAUAAAGCAUAUAAAAAUGUCUCAAA